CAUGGCGUCCGUUCGUCAGGCAGACACAGCCCUGUGGCUUCAUAACAAAUUAUCUACGGACGAUUCUUGGUCUGGUAGUAGUUUGCGAUCUUUACUAACCCAAGACGUCCUCCGUAAUAUUCCAGAGUGUUUUCAUAGGCUUGAAACGCAGGUAAAAGUAAAAUUAUUAAUGGCUUUUCUCCAUCUUCCUCGUCGAGUGAUUGAGGAAAUGAGCGGUGAAAUGAGCGAAAUAUUUGAGAUUGGAAGCCAGGAUGAAGACGAGUGGGUCCGUGUUUUAUCAGAGAUUCUGAAGUAUUAUCCAAGUACAGGGAUUCUGAAUGUUCAUCUCGAGCAUGUUAGCCCAGUGUUUGCAGAAGUGGCAGAAGAAAUCAGAAAAACUGUUACCAGUCUCCCAGAUAGUGGAUCUAGUCUUCUUCCUCUGGAAUGUCUAUAUUUAAACAGAACAGCCCUUGUUGCCAUGGUAGGACACCAGCCUCCCCUUCCCAAACACUUUACACUUAGAAGAAAACCAAAGUCUGCUGCCCUAAGAGCAGAACUUACACAGAAAGCCAGUGAAGCAGUUUCAGCACAUAAAAAAGGUCUUGGAGCAUCAAUGAGCUCAGCCCACAAACUUCAGUCACCUAAGAAGUUUGAAGCUCCUGUAAGAGUAACACCAAGAACAUCAAACCGUCCAACCCCCAGCAGAGGGACUCCAUCAUCUGGUUCAUCACGGAGCAUUAUCUCUGCUGCUACACUCAAACAUCAUGGCCGUACAAAGCUUUUGGACAUAAAUGAGCAGCCAAUAGGAGGUGGUAGAGAACUCAAAAGGAGAAAGAAAUUGGCAGAGUCUGAACAAGCAGAGGAGGCAAAACAGAAGAAACUUGACAAUACCAAACCUCCAGAGCCAAGCACACCUGAUUAUGCUGCAGGUCUUACACCCAUGACUCAACCAACUAAGCCACCAUCAAGCCCAGAGACACCAUCAUCAAGUAUGCCAGCUCCAUCAUCAGCUCCCUCAUAUGUACCCCAGGCUCCCUCAAACAUUUCCCAAACCCCUGCAGCAGCAGACGCACUCAAUGAGAGCACCAUCAACCUCAAGAGAGAGUUGGAAAUGCAUAUGGAACAACAGCGCCAGUUGAUAAUGAGAGAGCGACAACAAAAACAGGCAGCUGCUGCAAUGGCCGCUAGUUCCUCAAGUUCUACAUCACCAGCCACUAGUGAUUCUACAAGAAGUCCUGCUGCACCUUCCCUUGGGGCAUCGAACACACAACAACAGCAGCAACAGCAAGCAAAUAAACGGCAACUUACGCUAACGCGGGAACAAAUGUUAGCUGCUCACGAAAUGUUCAAAAAUGCGAACCGAGUGAGUCGCGCUGAAAAGGCCCUUAUUCUUGGGUUUAUGGCCGGUGCACGAGAGAAACCAUAUCCCCAUCAAGGUUCGAUAGUAACUAUCAAGCUGAGUGAAAACACGGAAACGGUGACGUUAGCAGACGGCAAUCAACAGAUGCAAUUGGUGGAAAUGCUCUUUGAAAUGAAUUACGACACGGGUCAUUGGCGGAGACUUAAACGAACCAGGGUGGUCUCUAAAACUGGUGCAUCCGCCUCAGCAGAAAAAACUGCUUGACACAUUGCAGGUUGCAGACCUAAUUCCUAAUUCCUAAUUCCUAAUUCUUCUUUCCUCGAGUGUACGGAAGUAAAAAUAUUACAAACAUGAAUUUGUUAACCUUGCAAAGUUUUGUAAGUCGCUUUUUGCAAAUGACCUACAAUGAUUUUGUUGCAAUGCAGUUGGCUGUCAAGGAUUAUCAUGCAACAGUUGAUUCAAAUGCAAUCUACUUGUAAUGACACUUGUCUCUUGAGAGAAAUAGAACGAGAUGAUCUGAAGUAUUCUGAAAUUGGGAGGCCAAUCUGAAUUAUGCUUGAAGGUUAUACUGAACCAAGCCAUUUACUGUUUGUUGGAGAGAGUUCAGAUUAUAAAGCGAAAUUAAAUCGGUGGAGGGUUUUUA